AUGGACAAGAAUCAAACCAAGAAGACUCCAAGCAAGGCUGCAACAGUGAACCUCUAGACUCAGGAUUCCAAUCAAGGAAAGGGUAAGGGCAAAGGAAAGGCUAUGUACUUCCCUCACUCACAAGGAGACAAGGAUCACGCCCCAAUGAAGAUGACUUCUCAUGCUAAGGCAGGACUCUAGUUCUCAGUGUCCAGAGUCGCCAAGUUCAUGAAAUUGGGGAAGUACGCUGACAGAAUCUCAGCUGGAUCUCCCGUUGUACUAGCUGCUGCUAUGCAAUACAUCUGUUCUGAGAUCAUUGAACUUGCUGGCAACAAGGCUGCAGAAGCCAAGACCAAGAGAAUCAAGCCCAGACACAUUAUGCUCGCUAUCAGAGAUGACAUUGAGUUGAACAAGUUACUCGGUAAAGCUGACUUUGCUCAAUGUGGAGCUGUACCUAAGAUCUAUGACUUGCCAAAGAGAGGCGCCAAGGGAAAGAAGGGCUGUGAGGUCAAUGAUGAGGAGAUGGAUGAUGAAUGA